AUGGAGUUCCUGACCAGCCCAGAAAGCGCCUGGAAGCUCUGUCUUAUCCUUGUAGUCGCCACCGCAGCCUACUCCAUUGUCCAUCGAUCAUCAAGCAAAUCUGUAUGGAGCAGAAUAUCUUUUCGCGGCCGCAGAGACUCGACAGCCAGAACGUCCCCGCGAUCAAUCUCACCCGAGAAGACAAAUGCGAAUAGCGCCAUAUCGCCCCCAAGCUACUACCAUACCCUCCCACCACAGCGUAGAGAGUCACUGCUCCAGCUUAAAGGUGUGACUUUCCGCUGGCGUGAGAUCGACGAAGCCGAAGUGCGCCAAAAUGCCUUGCCCAUGACCACCGAUUAUAUGAAAAGCCCAGGUAACCUGUAUACACCAACCGGAUUCUCGGUAGACGAGGUAAAAGCCCUCGGCGACUUCCCAGAUUAUGCGACAUUAAGCGGAGUUCCACUUCCGGUUUCUUACCCCGAGCAUGAUAUCGAGAAAGCCAAGCCUCGGCCAUAUAGGCCGUUCCGAUGGGCUUAUCAUCAAACCAUGUCCUUGACCAAGCUGGAGCCAGAUUGGUGGAUUGAGCUUGAAAGCACGUACAAGAGCCGCAUUGCUCAACGCAAAGAACUAUUCUCCAAACACGGCAAGGCGGUCCUCGACGCAAGACCUGGCUCUGAGCUGGCUUGCAAGGAACUCAUGGAGGUGGUUCUGCAAUUUAUUUGCGCUAGGUAUCCGCAAUAUUUCUCACUGAUUGACAGACAUAUACUGCAGAAUCGAAUCCUUGGUACAGAGCAGGAUGUUCGGAGUAAACCUCCUUUGGAAAUUCUACUCGACAAUGUGCCGGAAGACUUUGCCCUCACGCUGCGAGACGAGAAGACUGGUUAUUAUAUCUUGCGUGCAGCGGUAAUCUGUUCGGCACUGGGCUGGAACGUUGCUUCCAAGAUUGACAAGCGGUUGGAUGAAAUCCACGAGCCCAUUCCAGAUUACAAAGAGAAAAUGCAAUUCUCCAUGGAUCGUGAAAUUAUGAGAUUUUUCUCCAAGAUGCCAACUGAAAAGCCUAUUCAACGAGGUUCAUGGGGCCUUGAAGUGGGUGAUGUGUUGUACAUGCCGCCGGGUGACCCACAUGGGGCUCUUCGGUUAUCGCAGGAUCCUGACCUGAAUCUUGAUGAUUGCACCCUGCGCGUAGACUGGCAGACACUUCGUCGUCUCCCGUUGUCUGCAUCUGUUGUUUUCAAUUUCAAGGCGCUCUUUACACCGGUAUCAGAGUUUCGUGACGAACCCGCUGUACCGGCCCUGGUGGCCAAGCUCUUGAAAGAGGGGAAGGAGGGCAUGAUGAAAUACAAGGGAGUAUGGCAUGUUCACCAUGUCGUUCUACCCAAAAUGGAGGAGUGGUCAAAGGAGCAGGAGGAGGCAGGUCUUGUUCCAAAGGACUGGGAGGUUGCGACCCUGGAGGACAGCCCUUGGUUUAGAGGCUGGGAGGAAAAAUGGCAUCGCCGACAGGGCUUCUAG